AGCUUGGCUCGCUGACUCACGCUCACAUCGCUCAACGUUUCGCUUUCAGAAGGUACAAAGUCAUGUUGGAGCGAAAGAGUGCUCGUGGGCGUGCAGAAUAUGCGCGCAUCACCGCGGACCCUGACUCUGAAGAAUGCAAAGCAAUGAGGAAGAGGCAGAGAACUGAGGAUAAGGAGAGGAGGGCGAAGUGACUGCACUGGCGUCUGUGUGUGGCUCACAGACUGCUUCUGACCUGAUGGCUCGCACUGAUCGCAGGAUCAAAGCAGACGAAAACGCCUACGAGGAAUACCUAGCCAAGCAGAGCCGUUACAACGCCCGCAAUGCAAAUGAGAAGCGUGAGAAGCGCAAGGAGUCGUACGCUAAAGCUGAGGCCGAUGAGAGGAUGGAUGCGGCCUUGGCGUGCUUCUACGAGGCAUCAGAGGACGAGUCAGAGGCUGGACCAUCUUCGAUGCCUCUCAAGGGAACGGCAACCAGCGAUGCCGCCGCCUCGUCCUCGUUCGCUCCUUCUCGCAAGUGCAAGGGCAACGCGCCCUCGUCGUCGGACAACCAUCUCGAAAAUGCAGUAAGCAACUACAUGGCCGGGCUGUCAGAGUCGUCCGCUCCCCGCAAGGCAGAGCCGGAGCGCACACGCAAGAGGAAGCUGAACUCGGCGCUGACAUACUUCUACGAGCCGGACGAGCAUGAAGGAGAGACGGCGUCGUCUUCGAAGCUUCGCAAUCAGGCGGCAGGCAAGCACGCCAAGGCAGUGUCCUCGCCGACUCCUCACAAGAAGCAAGUUAGGACUCAAGUCAAUGUCGCAUCGUCGGCCAACGCUUCUCUCAAGCAGACUAGCCGUGCUACGGCUAAACCUCACGGCGCUACCAGCAGUGCCGCGUCGUCGUUCAUGCCUUCCUCGAAGCAAGCAAGCAGCGCCCCUCGCAUGCGCACGAGCACAUCCUCAAUCAACCAGGCAACCAGCGCCCCUCGCACGGGCACAAGCACAUCCUCAAUCAACCAGGCAACCAGCGCUCUUUGCGAGGCUACCAGCAAUGUCUGCCCCUCUUCCAAGCGUCCUGGCAAGCAAGCUAGCAAUGUCUCAAGCAAGACUACUAGCCGUGCGGGUUCGUCAUCCCGCAAGCAGACGAACAGCACCUCUGGCAACACAGCAAGCACGCCUCCUUUCGACGCUCAUCCUAAGCAAGCAGCAGGCCCUGCUCCGCUCAAGCACGCUACGGCCAACGGCACGCCCUCACUCAGCCCAUCUCUCAAGACAGCCGCCGGCAACACCAUAGCCGUUCAUCCAAAUGACGCUACGCUCAAGCAGGCAGCAGGAAAUGCAGCUCGCAAGCGCCCACGCUUGGCCCAGACUGACGUGGCUGCCCCACGCUCAUACCUUUGAAGGGUCAAACGAUGGAGGGGAGGACUCAUCUUCGCUGCCUUGAAAGUGAGGUGGCGUCGAGCUGUCGCGCAAGACUGCUCGAGCUGUUUGAGGUACGACGGCGCAGACUUCAGAGCGGCGCAGACUAGAAAGUGGUGACGAUGAAGAAGAAGAAAAAGAUUUGAUUCUCUCGACUCUAACUCUGAAAUCGAAAACACCUAUCACUCCUUCGAGCUGUGGUGGUGGGUGAGGUGGUGGUCGACCGCCUCGGGGUCUUCCUUGUCUACGUCUGCGAACCUCUCACCGUCACACUCGUCCCACGCCUCCCCUGGGCAGUCCUUGUGGCCAGCGUGGUGCUCACUGUAGUGGCUGCUCGACCACUUCUUCCACGGCUCGCCAGGCUGUCUCGGCACGCGCUCGCCCCUCUUGACGGCCUCGACUGCGGUG